UUUAAAAGAAAAAUGUCCAACUUUUAGUUUUUCCAGUUGGUGGUUUGAAAUGAUUGGAUGACAUCAGAAAAAAAGCAGAGUGUGGUUAUUUUAGGGUGAAAUCUUUGCUGCAGUUUGAGUUUUUGAUCAAACUGUUGGGGUGAGAUCAGCUGAUGAGCUGCUGAAUCAUCACAUCCUCUCCUCUGGAGCUGCAGAGCCAGGAAGGUUUCUGGUUCCUCUCCUGGAUCCAUGUCUGGCUCCAGUCACGGGUUCUUCUCUCUUCAGGCGUCAUUUCCUCUCCAGGUCUCUGAGCUGCAGGAACCAAAGCGCUCCUAAACAUGCCCUCUCUGCAGCAGAUCAGAGCCGCUCUGGACGGGUCGGGCCAGGCCCAUGUGCUGCGGUUCUGGUCGGAGCUCAGUGAGGAGGAGAAGGAGGCUUUCCUGCAGGAGCUGGGUCAGCUGGACCUGCAGCGGCUGGAGGAGCACUGCCAGGCGGCUGCAGAGGCUGCGGGAGCCGCGCCCGCCUCCAGCAGCCAGAACCUGGACCCGAACCUGGAGCCGGUUCCCCCGGAGAGCAUGGGCAGCGUGAGGAGGAGCGACCCGGAGAGCCUGGCGGGAUGGGAACACGAAGGAUUCCUGCAGAUUUCCAGGAAUCGUGUUGCGGUUCUGCUCUUGGCUGGAGGUCAGGGGACGCGGCUUGGAGUUCAGUAUCCCAAAGGGAUGUAUGACGUCGGGCUGCCGAGCGGGAAAACUUUGUACCAGAUCCAAGCGGAGCGAAUUCUCAAAAUCCAGAAGCUUGCAGAGAGCCGACACGGCUCUAAAUGCACCGUUCCCUGGUACAUCAUGACCAGCGAAUUCACUCUGAAGCCCACCCAGACCUUCUUUCAGGAGAACUCUCACUUCGGCCUGGAGCCCUCAGACGUCAUCAUGUUUGAGCAGAGGAUGAUCCCCGCCGUCUCCUUCGAUGGGAAGGUCAUCCUGGAGAGGAAAGGGAAGAUCGCCAUGGCUCCAGACGGUAAUGGAGGUCUGUACCAGGCGCUGGUGGACAACGACCUGCUGGAGGACAUGAAACGGAGAGGGGUGGAGUACGUCCACGUUUACUGUGUGGACAACAUCCUGGUGAAGAUGGCCGACCCAGUUUUUGUUGGAUUCUGUGUGAAGAAAGGAGCCGACUGUGGAGCCAAGGUGAUUGGUUGGAUUAUUUAUUUCCAUCACAGCUCUUCUGCUGAGACCCAUCCUCCUGUAAAAUGUGAGAUUUCCCCUCUGGUGUCGUACUUCGGAGAGGGUCUGGAGCUGAUUCUGAAAGGGAAAACCUUAAAAACUCCCUUCAUCCUGGACGAGGAAGCGGCUAAAGAGCUGCAGGCCCGGUAGAGCUCAUCAUCAGCCACAUGGAGAAACCGAGCCUCAUAGAUGAGGAAUCAGAGCGGCUUCAUGGUGAUGGAGCGAAUUAACCAAUCAGGGAUCAAACAUGAGACUUUAUGUACACUUUUUGUUUUUUUUACACCAGCAAAUUAAACAAUUCAGAGAAAUUUUGUUGACAUUUAA